AUGGGAAGCCAAAAACCAAGCCGUGUCAUGGAGUUGCCAAUGGGGAUACAAUAUUCUCAACCUUCCUCACCACGCUUUCUCUGUCUCACUGGAUUUCACUUUUCUCUCGCCUCAUUUUGCUUUACUCUCUCGCGCGCCUCACUUUGUUUUACUCUCUCUCGCGCCUCACUUUGUUUUACUCUCUCUCUCUCGCGCCUCACUUUGUUUUACUCUCUCUCUCGCGCCUCACUUUGUUUUACUCUCUCUCUCUCUCGCGCCUCACUUUGUUUUACUCUCUCUCUCUUUCCUCACUUUGUUUUACUCUCUCUCUCUCUUUCCUCACUUUGUUUUACUCUCUCUCUCUCUUUCCUCACUUUGUUUUUCUCUCUCUCUCUCUUUCCUCACUUUGUUUUACUCUCUCUCUCUCUCUUUCCUCACUUUCUUUUACUCUCUCUCUCUUUUCCUCACUUUGUUUUACUCUCUCUCUCUCUUUCCUCACUUUGUUUUACUCUCUCUCUUUCCUCACUUUGUUUUCUCUCUCUCUCUCUCUCGCUCUCUCUCUUCUCUCGCCUUUUGUUUUACUCUCUCUCUCUCUCGCGCCUCACUUUGUUUUACUCUCUCUCUCUCUCGCGCCUCACUUUGUUUUACUCUCUCUCUCUCUCGCCUCACUUUGUUUUUACUCUCUUUCUUUUCCUCACUUUGUUUUACUCUCUCUCUCUCUCUCACUUUGUUUUACCUCUCACUUUUGUUUUGUUCUCUCUCUCUCUCUUUCCUCACUUUGUUUUACUCUCUCUCUCUCUCUUUGUUUUACUCUCUCGCUUUUCACUUUUGUUUCUCUCUCUUUCUCUCUCUCUCUCUCUCUCGCCUCACUUUGUUUUACUCUCUCUCUCGCCUCACUUUGUUUUACUCUCUCUCUCGCCUCACUUUGUUUUACUCUCUCUCUCACUUUGUUUUACUCUCUCUCGCCUCACUUUGUUUUACUCUCUCUCUCGCCUCACUUUGUUUUCUCUCUCUCUCUCUCUCCCUCACUUUGUUUUACUCUCUCUCUCUCGCCUCACUUUGUUUUACUCUCUCUCUCUCUCCUCCUCACUUUGUUUUACUCUCUCUCCUCACUUUUUUUUCCUCACUUUGUUUUUACUCUCUCUCUCUCCUCACUUUGUUUUACUCUCUCUCUCUCGCCUCACUUUGUUUUACUCUCUCUCUCUCGCCUCACUUUGUUUUACUCUCUCUCUCUCGCCUCACUUUGUUUUACUCUCUCUCUCUCGCCUCACUUUGUUUUACUCUCUCUCUCUCGCCUCACUUUGUUUUACUCUCUCUCUCGCCUCACUUUGUUUUACUCUCUCUCUCGCCUCACUUUGUUUUACUCUCUCUCUCUCGCCUCACUUUGUUUUACUCUCUCUCUCUCUCUCGCGCCUCACUUUGUUUUACUCUCUCUCUCUCGCGCCUCACUUUGUUUUACUCUCUCUCUCUCGCGCCUCACUUUGUUUUACUCUCUCUCUCUCGCCUCACUUUGUUUUUUACUCUCUCUCUCACUUUGUUUUACUCUCUCUCUCUCGCCUCACUUUGUUUUUCUCUCUCUCUCUCUCUUUGUUUUUUACUCUCUCUCUUUUUUUUUUUACUCUCUCUCUUGUUUUUGUUCUCUCUCUCUCUUUUUUGUUUUUCUCUCUCUUUGUUUUCUCUCUCUUUUUGUUUUCUCUCUCUCUCUCUUUGUUUUUUUGUUUUUACUCUCUCUCUCUCUUUCCUCACUUUGUUUUUCUCUCUUUUCCUUUUUUUUUACUCUCUCUUCCUCUCUCUCUCUUUCCUUCCUCACUUUGUUUUUACUCUCUCUCUCUUUCCUCACUUUGUUUUUACUCUCUCUCUCUUUCCUCACUUUGUUUUUACUCUCUCUCUCUUUCCUCACUUUGUUUUUACUCUCUCUCUCUUUCCUCACUUUGUUUUUACUCUCUCUCUCCCCGAUUUAUUUCUUUCACUCCCUCUCCACUUUCCCACUUUUUCCACCACCUUUUUUUCCUACUCUUUUCUCAUUAUCCCUUUUUACACUUGCCCUUUCAAUGUGCAUCCACACGCUGCCUUUCUCUUUUAUAUCUCUUGAUCAAUAAUACCCCCUUUCUCUCUUUACCGUCCUUUCCCUCUCGGCAGCCUUCUUUAAUUUUUAAUCUGCCUUUCUUUCUUUGUCUUCCUUCAUAUCUGCCUGACUGCCUACCUGCCUGCCUGUCUGUUUUUUUUUUUUUUAAUUCUUUCUUUUUGUCUCCCUUUUUCUUUCAAUCUGCCUGCCGGUUUUCAUUCUUCCUUUCUCUGUCUCCCCUUCUUCCUUUCUCUCUCUGCCUCUCCCUUCUUCCUUUCUCUCUCUGCCUCUCCCUUCUUCCUUUCUCUCUCUGCCUCUCCCUUCUUCCUUUCUCUCUCUGCCUCUCCCUUCUUCCUUUCUCUCUCUGCCUCUCCCUUCCUUUCUCUCUCUGCCUCCUCCUUCCUUUCUCUCUCUGCCUCCUUCUUCCUUUCCCCUUCUUCCUUUCCCCUUCUUCCUUUCCCCUUCUUCCUUUCCCCUUCUCUCCUCUCUUUCUUUAUCCUCUCUUUCUUUUCUUUUCUCUCUUUUCCUUUUCUAUCUUUCUUUCUGCCUGUUUUUUUUUUCUUUCUGUCUGCCUUUCUUUCUGCCACUCACAUCCACUUUACAUUUUAUUCUUUUUUUACUUUUUCUUUUUUACUUUUUAUUCUUUUUUUUACUUUUUAUUCUUUUUUUUACUUUUUAUUCUUUUUUUUUACUUUUUAUUCUUUUUUUUACUUUUUAUUCUUUUUUUUACUUUUUAUUCUUUUUUUUACUUUUUAUUCUUUUUUUUUUUACUUUUUAUUCUUUUUAUUCUUUUUAUUCUUUUUUUACUUUUUAUUCUUUUUUUUACUUUUUUUUUACUUUUUAUUCUUUUUUUUACUUUUACUUUUUAUUUUUUUUUUACUUCUUUUUUACUUUUUAUUCUCUUUUUUUUACUUUUUACUGCUUCUAUUUUUUAUUAUUAUUUUGUCUUAUUUCUUUUAUUUUCAUUUUUCUUUAUUAUUUCUCUCUCACUCUCUCUCUCUAUCUCACUCUCUCUCUCUAUCUCACUCUCUCUCUCUAUCUCACUCUCUCUCUCUAUCUCACUCUCACUCUCUCUAUCUCACUCUCUCUCUAUCUCACUCUCUCUCUAUCUCACUCUCUCUCUAUCUCACUCUCUCUCUAUCUCUCUCUCUAUCUAUCUCUCUCUCUCUCUCUCUAUCUAUCUCUCUCUCUAUCUCACUCUCUCUCUCUCUCUAUCUAUCUCUCUCUCUCUAUCUAUCUCACUCUCUCUCUCUCUAUCUAUCUCACUCUCUCUCUAUCUCACUCUCUCUCUACUUCUUCCAUUUUCUCAAUUUCGUUUCCACCCCCAUACCAUAUUUUUUGAUCUCUCAAUUUCUUUCCCCACCAGGUUUUUCAGUUUCUCAGUUAUCCAACAACAGUUUUCCUUCUUUCAAUUUCGUUGCCCACAAAAUAUUUUCUGUUCCUUAAUUUCUUUCCUACAACAUCCUUCAUUCUCUCGAUUUCACGUGAGGCACUUCUUUCUUCCCUCUUUACUUUCUUUCUUCCCUCUUUACUUUCUUUCUUCCCUCUUUACUUUCUUUCUUCCCUCUUUACUUUCUUUCCUCCCUCUUUACUUUCUUUCUUCCCUCUUUACUAUCUUUCCUCCCUCUUUACUUUCUUUCGUCCCUCUUUUCUUUCGUCCCUCUUUUCUUUCGUCCCUCUUUUCUUUCGUCCCUCUUUUCUUUCGUCCCUCUUUUCUUUCGUCCCUCUUUUCUUUCGUCCCUCCAUUCUAG